CUGGGUGGAACCGCGAAGCUAGCAGCGUUUUCCUUUUAGCUUAGCAGCGUUGUGGCUAGCGCUACAUCGCAGUAAAACAGUAUUUUGGUGUGUUUGUGUUAUGUUAUUAGAGACACAACUACACGUGGUUAUGACUGCGUAGAGUGAGAACAUUCACAAAUUGCUUUUUUUUCGUAACAAACCGUCAUGGAUGCAGUGAACGCGUUCAACAUGGAGUUAUUCUCCAUGAUUGACAUGAAGCCUCCAAUAUCCCGUGCUAAAAUGAUGUCUGUAACAAAAUCAGCCAUCAAAGCUAUCAAGCUUUACAAACAUGUUGUCCAGAUUGUUGAAAAGUUCAUCAAGAAGUGUAAGCCAGAAUUGAAAGUGCCCGGUUUAUAUGUGGUUGAUUCCAUUGUUCGGCAGUCACGCCAUCAGUUUGGUGUUGACAAGGAUGUAUUUGGACCCAGAUUCUUGAAGAAUUUCACAGAUACCUUCCAACACCUUUACCGCUGUCCAGAGGAUGAUAAGAGUAAAAUUGUCCGUGUCCUAAACCUGUGGCAGAAAAAUGGUGUAUUUGACAUGGAUAUCAUUCAGCCUUUGAUGGAUAUGUCCAAUGGGAUCAUUGUACCUCCCCCUACACUGGAAGCUCCUGCAGACCCUGUUCCAGCGACACAACCUCUUGUCAGUAAUGCCUCAGCUGUGCCCGCUGUUCCCCAGCUACCCACUCCUGAUGCCCUAGCUGCUGUGGCACAACUUUUUCAGUCCCCCCAUGGUCAAGAGCUGCAGCGGAUGCUUCAGAACUUCCAGCAGGCAGAUAAGACCCUGGCAGCUGCCACUGCAAACAACUUAUCGAACCCAGCCCAAAUGCCAGUGGCCCAGCACAACCAUUAUGGCACCCACGAUGAAAAGAAAAUCUCUUUAGCUGAGAAACUCCUUGACAGAUUUGACUAUGAUGAUGAUCCUGAGGAUAUAACGGCUACAGAAGGAAACCUUCAGUCACAAGGUCUUCCUGAGAAGAUGUUUCACCCGUUUCCUGGUCAGAUGCCCAUGCCUGAUGUUCAUCCUAGUAUGCUGGGACAGCCCGGGGGUAUCAAGAGUGGAGGAAUGAAUCACGGUGAACAUCAUAUGAUACCAGAAGGAUAUCAUUCCAUAAAUGAUCCCUACGCUCAACAAUCUCAGGGAGGUUCAAAAGACGACCCGUCAUCCUGGCGUGAGGGCAGACACAGAGGCUACGGCAGGAGAUCCAGAUCUAGUUCCAGAUCUCCCAGGAGAAGAAGAUCAAGAUCUUCAUCUCGCUCAAGAAGGUCAAGGCAUCGACGCUCUCGUUCCAGAGAACGCCGCUGGAGAUCUCGGUCUCGCUCCCAGGAUAGGUGUGAGAGAGAAAAGGACCGAGAGCGCCGACAGAAAGGUCUUCCCAGCAUAAAGAGCCAGACACUCAGUGUUUGCAGCACUACACUUUGGGUGGGACAACUAGACAAGAAGACCCAGCAGUCUGAUGUGAUGUCCCUUUUAGAAGAGUUUGGCCAGAUUGAGUCUAUAAAUAUGAUUCCUCCGAGAGGUUGUGCGUAUAUUGUAAUGGUUCACAGACAAGAUGCCUACACAGCCUUGAACAAACUAAGCCGGGGGUCUUACAAAGUCAACCAGAAACCAGUUAAGAUUGCUUGGGCUCUGAACAAAGGUAUAAAAUCGGCGCACAAAAAGUUCUGGGAUGUGGAGCGGGGAGUUACCUACAUUCCCUGGAGCAAGGUCAAACCCGAGGAGUUGGAGAGCUAUCGGGAAGGGGGCAUGCUGGAUGCAGAGACACUAAAUCCAGAAUGGAAUAACGCUAAGGACUUCAACAACCAGGCAACUGUAAAUGGAGCGUUUGACAGUGUACCAGAUGGGACUGCCACUGCUCACAUUCAGGUGCCUCCAGUUCAACAGGCGGAACCCCUUGGAAGUCCACCUUCAUUUCCUGGCCCCAUCAUGUUGUCCCCCACGUCAAUGCCUCCAGGAGGAGCUCCUUUCAUCCCCGCAGAGUUUGUAACCGGAAGUGUGAAACCAAUAGAUGAGUCUGCAGAGGAUUCUAAAGGAGACAAAGGCCCUUCCUCAGAUGCUGGGACCAGCAACCACCUCGGGUCCCCCGGGCCGCCGGUGAUGACCCUGCCGGGCCCUGCGAUCAUGCAGGGACCCAGACCGGGAAUGCCUCUGCAGCCUCCUCCUGGCUUACCGAAUCACCACGUUCCUCCUUUCCUUCCACCUCCAAACAUGCCACACAUGCCUCCGCCGAUGAUGCCUCGAGGGCCGAUGUUCCCCACGGACAGAUUCAGGAUGCCCAUGUCCUUCCCUCCCCGUGGUCCUCCUUUCCAUCGGCAUCCUUCGAUGGGACCCGAGGCUAUGGAUGACAGAGAAGCGAGGCAUUUCCGAAACGGAAGGCCAGAGUUUGCGUGCCCACCCUUUCACAGGGGGAGGUGGUAGAGCUCGGCUGAAGAAAGAACCCGAGAGGGAGGAGGCGACCCUCCUGCGAACCACUGUGACAGAUACUGACAAAUAUAAAGGCAUCUGGUUCAACAAGGACUGCUGUGAACAAAUGGCGGCGCAGAAACUUCUGUUCCAACUUGUUAACGCCACCCAAGGCUUUUCCAUCAGACAUUGAAAAACAAGACUUUGUGUUCUGAACGUGGUCCGUGCCCUUUUAGGUUCACCCAGCAGGAGACCUUUCGCUGUAAAUACUGUUUGUGUAGCUAUCUUUUUGUAUAUUUAAAGUUGUGUAGUUUAUGCACGAGCCUGUAAUCUCGGUAGGUGAGGGUAUAAACAAGGGCAAUGUCUGUAUUUUUGAGCUCGUUCUCUUAACAGAGUUUUUGUGUAUGGAGGAAUACGGUGAAAAUCUAUGAUACCAUUUUUUUGGUAUUGUUUUUAAAACACCUUUGUACCACACUGAUAUUUAAUUUUUGGAUUUCAUUUGAAGGAGAUUUCAUGUGCUGCCAGUAGAGGGUAGAGUUAACCCUGUUUCCAUGGCCAACCUCUGUUGUACAUUAAGGUCACAACUUGUAGGAUCACAUGCAGUGAA